GCUUCAAAGAGCAAUAAAGCAGAACAAGACUAGAAUCGGAAAGGCUUCCCUAAGGAGCUGGCAUUUGCCGUCUCAGGGAUGAGCAUGGUGGUCUUUGGGGAAGAUGUUCCUGGGGAGGAGAACAGCCUGUGCAGAGGUGCCUGGUGUGUUGAAGGAACACUGAGGAGGCCUGUUUGGUCGAGUGAAAGAAGCUAAGAAGAGAGAGGGAGGAGGUGAGAGGGAGGAGGUGAUGGGGGCACAUUGUGCAGGGCCUUUGAGACAGUUAAGGAGCUUGAGUCAGGACUUUGUGAGGGAGGCACUGGUCCAGUUUAUAUACUGAAAGGGUUCUCAUGUCAGUUACCAAUGCUUUGUAAAUUACCCCAUACUUAGCAGCCUUUAAACAAUAGUAAACACUAUCUCACAGUUUCUGUGGACUCGGAUCUAUGCCUGGUUUUGUUGGGUGGUUGUGGCUGUAAUCUCUCAUGAGGUUGCAGUGCAGACACUGGCCAGGGCUGCAUCAUCUGAAGGCUGGAUGGGGCCUGGAGGAGCUGCUUUCAGCCUCCUCCUCUCUCCUGGCUGUUGGUGGGAGGCCUCCGUUCUGGGCCCCUGCAUGAGGCUAGUUGAACUUCCUUACAGUAUGGCUGCUGCCUUUCCUUAGAGCCGAUAAGGAGAAAGCCAAGUGUCUCUGACCACCUACCGUCAGAAGUCACACUGCUGUUUCUUCCUAUCCUGUUAUUCACCCAGGUCCUCCAGCCCCUGAGUCCCCUGCUUUAGUCCAAGCCCAGUGACUUGAGGAAGGCAGCAGCACCAUGGUGACAGAGCAAGAGGUGGAGGCAGUGGGGAAGAUGCUAGUGGAUCCUGGGCAGCCCCUGCAGGCCCGCUUCCGGGCCCUGUUCACGCUUCGAGGGCUGGGAGGGCCAGGAGCCAUCACCUGGAUCAGUCGGGCCUUCGGUGAUGACUCGGCACUGCUCAAGCAUGAGCUAGCCUACUGCCUGGGCCAGAUGCAGGACUCUCGGGCUAUCCCCGUGUUAGUGGAUGUGCUCCGUGACACCUGCCAGGAGCCCAUGGUGCGCCAUGAGGCAGGGGAGGCCCUGGGGGCCAUUGGGAACCCGGAAGUUCUGGAGAUCCUGAAGCAGUACUCUACUGACCCUGUCGUUGAGGUGGCUGAGACCUGCCAGCUGGCUGUCCGGCGGCUGGAGUGGUUACAGCAGCACAGCGGGGAGCCUGUGGCUCAGGGGCCCUACCUCUCCGUGGACCCCGCUCCACCCGCCCAGGAGCGUGAUGUGGGCCAGCUUCGGGAGAUGCUGCUGGAUGAGGCCCAGCCACUCUUUGACCGAUACCGAGCCAUGUUUGCCCUGCGUGACAUUGGUGGCGAGGAGGCUGCCCUGGCGCUGGCUGAGGGCUUGCUCUGCGGCAGCGCCCUCUUCCGCCAUGAGAUCGGCUAUGUCCUGGGCCAGCUCCAGCACGAGGCAGCGGUGCCCCACCUGAUGGCGGCCCUGGCACGGCCGGCUGAGAGCCCCAUGGUGCGACAUGAGUGCGCGGAGGCCCUGGGGGCCAUCGCCCGGCCCGCCUGCCUGGCUGCCCUGCGGGCCUACGCGGCGGACCCCGAGCGCGUGGUGCGGGAGAGCUGUGAGGUGGCCCUGGACAUGUACGAGUACGAGACGGGGCCAGCCUUCCAGUACGCAGACGGCCUGGAGCAGCUGCGCGCACCCCCCUCCUGAAGCUGCACUGGGGUCUCCCCUGCGGACUUCGUGUUUAAAUGACCUCACAUAUAAACCACGUUGGAGUGAAUUGCAUCUCGCGGCCUGUCUCCUGGCCGCUUUGGCAUCUUGACCCCCCGAGGGAACUGCAGGCUUCUGGGGGCCAGGCUGAGGUCUCUUCUCUCCCCCACUGAGCACAGGGCCACAGUGUCAGUGUGGGAGGGGACACCUGAGCAGGGGCAGGGCUGUGCUUCGGGGCAUUGGGGUGCUGUGGCCCAGCUUUGCUAGGAAUGUGGGGGUGUGGGGAAAGGUGCUGUGGGGAAACCCACCCCCUUCAGGCUGAGUAGGGUCUGGGGGCAGUGGAGUGCUGUUCUUGGGGUAAGGAGGUGAUCCCUGGGUCGGGUGGUCUGGGCUGGAGCUCAAGACCUGGGGAGGGACGAGCAGGUCCCAGGAUACUGCCUAUGUGGACUAUUAAAUUAUUUUUGCCAAGU